AGCAUGGUAACUUUGCCGAAACCAAAACUUGAAGGCAAUGUAUGAAAGUAAAAGAAAGGCAGAGCUGUGAUUUCGAAUUGCAUUCCAAAUGUAAGAGCCGCGUCGUCUUCAAACAGAUCUUCCAAUCAAGAUUUAGGUUUAUCGAAGCUACAAUAAACAUCCCCAUUCCCCAUUACACUCCAAAAGGAGGAGAGAGAAAAUAGAGAGAGAAUUCUGAUACUCCUACUCUUGAAACUUUUUGUGGGAUUCCCACUUCCCACAAAUCCAAGACUUCGCAACUACAUCCUGCAUUGUUCUCAAAAGUUACAUAAGAAGUUCCCAAGAUGGUUGACAAACAUUUUACCAUAAAUUUGAAUGAGCCUCUUGUUUUCCAGGUUGGCCAUCUUGGAGAAGAUUAUAAUGAAUGGGUUCACCAGCCUAUCAUAAGCAAGGAAGGACCCAGACUUUUUACAAAUGACUUUUGUGAGUUCUUUACCCGCACAGUAUGGUGGGUGAUUCCACUUAUAUGGCUGCCUGUUAUAGGCUGGUUAGUUUCCAUCUCUGCUCGAAGGGGCCUUACUUCACAUCAGGUAACUUAUGCUUUACUUGGUGGUGUCUUUGUUUGGACAUUGCUGGAGUAUAGUUUGCACCGCUUCCUUUUCCACAUAAAAACAAAAAGCUAUUGGGCAAACACUUUACACUAUCUUCUUCAUGGUUGCCAUCACAAGCACCCGAUGGAUGGAUUACGACUUGUUUUCCCUCCUGCAGCAGCAGCUAUUCUUUGUGUACCAGUUUGGGCCUCGUUUAGGCUUUUGUCAUCACCAUCCACCGCACCUGCGCUGUUUGGAGGGUGCCUAUUGGGAUAUGUAAUUUAUGAUGUUACUCACUACUACCUACAUCAUGGAAAGCCAUCUAAAGGUUUUGCUCAAAAUCUGAAGAAAUAUCACUUGAAUCAUCACUUUAGAGUUCAAAGCUUGGGAUUUGGGAUUACUUCACCCAUAUGGGACAGGGUUUUUGGAACACUCCCUUCAACAAAGGCUGCUUGAUAAAUUCGAUGAUAAAAUUAUGGGCUAUAGAAAAUUUAUCCAUCAAAAUUUGUGGGUGUUGGCUUCAACUCUGUAGACUAAGGUGCUUCGCAUCAUUUGGCUUUCCUUUUGCUGCUACUUUAGUAAAGCAUUGCUGGUUUUUGGCGUAUGUUUGUAAAAUUGUUUAUUUCACAUUCCUCUAUCUGCAUUAUCAUAAUUAAUUAUAAUAUCAACAACUUGCAGUUUUGAUGGGAUGUUAAA